AUGGAAGAUACUGAUCGUAGUCACGCCCCUCUCUCCAUAGACCCCAUCACUGAAGCGGAGGAGACUCACCUGCUUGGCUCGGAAAGACGGGAUGGCAAGUCUUCGUCCUCACCUCCAGACAACUUUCUUUCAUCUUCAACUCCCCGAAAGAAUGGCUAUGAGCCAAUGACACCUAGUGUCGACAUGGACCAUUCGACCCUCAACGGCGCCGCACAUAACCAGAGCACCGCCCCAUCUCAACCUGACAAGUCAAGCUUCUACGGAAGAGACCCCUUUGGUAUCUCAGUGGAGGGAUCUAUCAACCAAGUCUCCUUCGCACGUGUUCCCGUUGGUUCGAAAACUAGCUCGCCCGCCACACCUCGUUCCAACAAAGGCCUUCUGGGCUCACCAAAGCCUGAACCUGCUUCACCACGAACAACAGAACGCCGCGCCGCACCUUUAUCACCCGAAUCGGAACAGGACACCAUCUCGCCUCUGCAGUCACCUUGGUCGUCACCGGACGGGAAACGCAGAGCAAGUUCAAAGCGCAAAAUAUCAAUGGCGUGGGACGAUCCGCCAAAGUCCUCAAAGCCAUGGCCUCUCAUAGAGGCGGAGGAGAUGGGGGACCUAGGUCAAGCAACUCCAGGCAAAGAUGAGAGUCAGCAACAGGCCAGGCCGCCGCAGUCGACUUCUGGUCAAAGUUCGACGAGACGGGAUGAGAAUUCUCUUGAAGAGCCUGAUCCAAUGGAUGACGAGGAGGCCUUGUAUAAGAGAUUCAGUAAGCCGUGCCCCGUAUAUCUGACCUAUGUCGAGAAGCAGCAUAACUGGCUAUCGAUAUCCAUCUUGAUUCUUUCGUUCUACUCCACAGGACUGAGCUGCCUCUGGCUCGUUGUGGCUAUUGUACAGCCACGCUGGGGUCCUCAAAUCUCAUCAAGCGGUGGCAUCCUCCCGUCGACAGCGUCUUUGGUAUGCGCAAUGUUUGCCAAGACGAUUGAAAUAUCUUUCGUGACUGUAUUUGUCACCUUUAUCGGCCAGGUAUUGACACGUCGCGCAUUUGUGAGGAGGUCAGAGGGCAUGACCUUGGCUGAGAUGACCAUGAGGAAUUGGGUUAUUCAACCUGGAUUCCUGAUCACGCACUGGGAGACGCUGCCGUACGCUGGUAUGACCAUUCUCGGAGUGGUGUCUCUUGUUGCCACCAUUGCUUCAACGUUUUAUACGACUGCGUCAGACGCCAUGAUCACACCAAAGCUUAAAUUUGGCGACUGGGAGACGAAGACAUUGAGCGGCUAUGUUCUGGCGUCCUACAUGAACCCGCCUUUUGCCCGUGAAACCUGCCCGACACCACUACGAGAUAGUGACCCAUUGGGUGUUGAUGUUGCUGGAAAUGCUUGCCUGGAAGUGCAAUAUGCUGGCCAAUCAUAUCGCAACUUGGUCUCGUUCCUAGGUGAUUGGGAGUCCAUCAAUCGCAACGGAACAAGCGAUACCGUUGAUGUUCAACACCGCCCUGUAGGAUCGGCUUUGUUGUACGACAACACAACGCUCACCUCUGCUUGGAUUGAGACGACCUAUAGCAACACGACUGAACAAUACGAGCGCUUCAACAGGAUAAUCAACAAUGUGACGCUCGCAAUUCCCCAUCCGAGUGUCUACGAUGCAGCAACAAAUCCAGUCAACAAGAUUCUCCAGCCAAAUGACUUGUCGGGUGUAGGAGAGUACGGCAUUAGAGCGAGUGUGGUCUCGCCCGCACUGAACGUCAUGUGUGUCAACAUGUCUCCAGAGGAACUGGAGCCACUGGUCUAUACAGAGUGGCCCAUUGGGAAGGUUUUGUACGACGACACGACAGUUCCAGGACAGAGAACCGGGAAAUUGGAUUGGGAGAAGUAUGUUCCCGUCGCUUCGGAAACGGAGUGGCUAAAUCGAACGUCGGUGGAUGAGAUCUUUCGCUGGGGCCAAGACUAUGGGCGACGGCCGCCGGUGUUCCCGCUUUAUCCUGCGGACUACAACAUGAUAACCAACACAUCGGUGGAGAGCGACGCGAUUUACAUCCUCACAAAGUCGGCGUCCAUCACAGAUUAUACCCUUUGUGAGAUGAGAUCAUGGGUGUCACCCAACUGCUCAACCCACUUCAACAUCUCGGGCACCGCAGGAGCGCACAUGCAAGCACACUGCGAUGACCCCGAUGAUACAGACAGCUACACCAACGUCCACACCGAAGUCACGGAAUCCACCCCCAACAUUGCGGAUCAAUGGCGUCUGUCAAUGGACAUCAACGGCGGUGCGCAAAACAACAACGCCUCCAACGCCCGCAUCCUCACCCAAUUCGUCCUCCAAGAGCCGCAGCUCAACCCCCUCCUCCCCUCUAUAGCCGAAGCCCUCGCCGUCUACGCCUCGUCAACCCUCAUCAUCGGCGGUCUCAACACCCCCUUUGAACACUACUGGCGCCACGAAAAGAUGCAGCUCGGCGCGCCGGGCAGCCUGGACCCGUUCAACGCCUCGAUCCGCACGCAGGAGUACACGUCGGGCCACAGCGCCGAGUGGCAAAAGUGCUUCUACCUCGUCCUCGCCCUCGUCUUCGUCAUCAACGUGAUUUGCCUCGCCUACCUCCUCUCCCGGUCCGGCCUGGUGACGGACUUUACUGAGCCGCAGAAUCUGUUUGCGCUGGCUGUCAACUCGCCGCCGAGCGAGCAGCUCAAGGGCAGCUGCGGCGGCGGGCCGGUGAAGAGGGAUCUGGUUGUGCCGUGGCGGGUUGGUUACACGAGCGGUGCGAAUCACUACUUUUUCGAAGAGGCUAACGACAGGCCGUGGCGUGGCAAGUAUUCCAAGCAGGACUUGUCUGCUGACACGGGGUACAACGGACAGGAGCGGACAUCCGUACGGCAACAUCAUCUCUCGUCCGUUGAGGUGUAUUGUACUCCGUACCGAAAUGGACUCUGCAACUCGGUCGUCACAACUUGUUAUUUCCACGCAAAUUUGGGGGGCAUUAAUCGCACACGCCCAUCGGGCCGGACAAGGUGGUGCCCGGCAAUCGACGGCGUUCGAGAAAAGGAGGCUGUGCAAAACGUCCUCCCAAACUUGAACACUGCUUGGGGGUUAUCCACCAAUUUGCCUCUCGCCUCGCUUCCCUUUCCUAUCCACAAUUAUUUCGUCGCUGCCAAGUACGGAUAUCUCACCCUGCAGCUGGCUGUAGAUCCCUCCUGCAACAGCUACAUCACCUACCUCAUCCGUUCUUUCUGCUAUCUGCGAAUAUUCGUCCUUACUUCACAUACGCAGAGGAGACUUGGUUGCAUCUCGUGCACCGCCCACUGCAUCAACUACCCUCUCUUCCCAUCAGUCGGCCCUUGGUCUUGGCAUCCACAUAGCGACAUUGGCAUCCCAUCACACUCAAUCUUCCCGACGUUGCGAGGCAGUCUACCCAUUCCAGAUUUAUACACAGUCGGCAUCUCGCCCGCACCCAAACAACAAAGGAGGUCCAAGAGCCUUAAAAACGAGGGUGAUCAAAAGGGGGCCAAGCUAAAACGGACCGCCACCAAAGCAAUUCCGCUUGCAACAUUCCUUUCCCCGCCCAAUCUCUCUCCCUUUAUUGAGGAAUGCCAGCCCUUCAACUUUGGCAUCAUCAACAUCUGCGUCCCGGCUCUUGCGAUUGAAGCCCAGCCGACCGGAGCCAACAAGAGCGUCCAGCAUCGACACGAUCAGCCUCGCUCCUCGUCCGGUAUUCCCGAGCCCGAGAGAGUAGGACAAACUCCGCCGGCAAUAAAGCUCGACUUACUACGCCAGAACCAAGGGCCGGACCCAGGAAAUCCCGCCCGACGGCAGCCGGUCUCCCCUUCCGGCCUCCGGCGCCCGGUCGCCGCUGCCGCCCCGGACACCUCUCGUCCGUCAUACAACCUAUCUUGCAUGCUUCAGCGCCGGCCUCCUUCCCGGUCAUUACCAGACCUAAGUGCCGAUGUGCGGAAUGCUCUCUCAGCACCAAAGCACGACGAUGUCAACUACCGCCACAGCUUCUGGACCCGCUGCCGCUGCUGCCGUCGUUCACGGAGCGCCAUCGACCUGCUCCGUAGAGUGGUUCUCGUACCGCUAGCCGACUUAUUCUGGUUCCUCGAGGAAGCAGCUGAGUCUGUGCCGCCCGUCAUCCCAGCGCUCAUCUCUUGCAUAUUUCUGUUGGUGGCACUGCCGAUGCUGAUUGCAAGAUUCCAAGAGAGCUUUCAGAGAUGGCUUGGAUUCGAGGGAUGGAGCGAACGGAUGAAACCCAGGACAUACCCAGAUUUUGUAUUUCUACAUUUCUCUACAUAG